AAAAAUGUGCAGAACAGCCAUAAUGUGAGCCAAAAUGAUUUUUUAAAGUCUUACUCUGAUAUUUCGUUUUUGCACGAUAGUGGUAAUUAAUUUUUAAUUUUAUUUGUUUGAAAAUGGAUAACUCUUGUAAGAAAGGGGAUCAUAGAAUUUAAUAUUUUCAUUAAACUUUAGAGUGAACAUUUUUGAAAUUUCAGAAUUCUUAGAAAAAAAUUGAAAUUAUUCACAUGAACAACCCGUCACCAAUACGUUACACAUCGCUGCUUAAACCCACGUAUUAACAUGUUCUAAUGUCUACCGGAAACCCAUAGACACCCAAAAUCGACAAAUAAUAUAUACGUUGGCUCUCCCUUUUUCACUAUUUUGUUCGAUUGUUCCAAUUGAUGCAAUUAGGUUUUGAGUCACCAGUGAAAAACACCACGCCGUAAAUACGGUGAAAUUCUUUUUUAAUUUUCUAGAAAUUCGACUACAAUGAAUUUUCUGGCAUUGAUUAUUAUUCUCAUUCUUCCGAUUUCAAUAUUAUCAACUCAACAUCGAACAUGUCGAAGAUCAUUUCAAUGUCUAACAAAUGAAGUAUGUCAUCAUGGUUAUUGUCAAUCAUUUGAUGACAAUCGUUGUAUAACAUCUCAAUUCUGCCCUCGAAACUUCAAAUGUAUCAAUGGAAACUGUGAAAAGCAUAAUGGAUCUAGUCAUUUCUUAUUUGGAUCAGCAAUGUAUUGUUUCACAAGUAUGCAAUGUCCAUUUAGGAUGUACUGCUCACGUGGUCAUUGUGUUUGAUUUUCAAUUUGGGAAAUGAAAAUAAAUGGUUUUCUGUUGAA